ACCACCUAGCAUUGAACUCAAAUUGCCUUCUGGUGAAGUUGAAAUACCUGAGGGAGCUGCUACAGAAAUUGAUGGAAAAAUGAAAAAGCCACGGAUGUCAUUUGGACGGUUUUCAAAACCAGAAGUGAAAGCACCCGAGGUUGAUGUCAGUCUUACAAAGGUGGAUAUUUCGCUUCCAGAAGGAAUGGUGGAGGUCAAAGAGCCAGAUGUGGAAAUGAAAUCUCCAGAAGUUCAAAUGGGAAUGAAACAUGAUAUUGAGAUUCAGGGACAAGGAAGUAAAUUUAAAUUACCAAAAUUUGGAUUCUCAUUGCCGAAAGUCAAAGGUCCUGAAAUUGGCUUAAGUCUGUCAAAGACAGAUGUAGAUGUCGACUUACCAGAGGGAAGAGCAGACCUCCAACUACCUGAUGUGGAAGUCGGUGUGCCCUCUGUCGAAGUUGAAAUACCAGAAUCAGGUUCUAAAGGUAUUGAUGUGAAAAUAAAAAAGCCACGAAUGUCAUUCCCCAAAUUUGGAUUUUCAAAACCAGAAGUGAAAGCACGUGAGGUUGAUAUCAAUAUUCCAGAGGUGGAUGUUUCUCUCCCAGAGGGAAAGGUGGAGGUCAAAGAGCCAGAGGUGGAAAUGAAAACUCCACAUAUUCAAGUUGAUGUGAAAGAUACCAUAGGCUCCCCCUCAAGAUUCAUAAUGCCAACUUUUAAAUUCCCUAAAUUUGGAGCAUCUUCUCCAAAUGUCAAAAUACAGGUAUCUGAUUUGGAGAAGGACAUCAAGGUUCAUGGAACUGAAAUACCCAAGGUGACAAUAUCAGCAAUUAACAUUGAAAAGCCAAGUGUUGACCUUAAAGGUCCAUCUAUAGAUGCCGAUGUCAAUCGUAAAAAACUUGAAAUUUUCACUUUACCAGAGAUCAAAACGAAGGUCCAACCACCUAGCAUUGAACUCAAAUUGCCUUCUGGUGAAGUUGAAAUACCUGAGGGAGCUGCUACAGAAAUUGAUGUAAAAAUGAAAAAGCCACGGAUGUCAUUUGGAUGGUUUUCAAAACCAGAAGUGAAAGCACCCGAGGUUGAUAUCAGUCUUCCAGAGGUGGAUAUUUCUCUUCCAGAGGGAAAGGUGGAGGUCAAAGAGCCAGAGGUGGAAAUGAAAACUCCAGAGAGUCAAGUUGAAAUGAAAAAUGAAGCUUCAUCAGUUGAUGGAAAACUAGAAACACCAGACAUGGAGGCUAAAACAAAUGAAAUAGGGGUGAAGAAACCACUGAUAUCUUUUCCAAAAAUAGUUUUUUCAAGAUCUGAAAUGACAGCUCCUGAGAUUGGUGUGAUUCCUCCAAAUGCAGACAUUUCCCUCCCAGAGGGAAAAGUGGUCAAAGUGCCUGAGGUGAAAAUUAAAGCUCCAGAGAUUGAAGUUGACAUAAAAGACGUUGUUGGCUCUCCCUCAAGAUUCAAAAUGUCGACAUUCAAAUUCCCUAAAUUUGGUGCAACUUCAAAGGUGGUUGUAGAUGUCUCUGAUAAAGAGAAGGAUAUUGACGUGCCUGGGGUAGAAAUUCUAGAUCAAGUACUAGGAGCUUCAUUUCCAGUUGAUUUAACAGAACCCGGUGAUACAGUUGACCUUAAAGGAUGUAGUGAAGUUCAGCUACAUGUUGCUGGAUCUGAAAGGCCCUCAGUUGAAGAAGGAAUGGCAAUAGCCGAUGUGGAUGUUCAUGAUGUUGACAUUUCAAAACUGACAAUUGAUGAUAAAGGCCAUGGCUCACCCAGGAAAGGUCAAGGCUCACCCAGCAAAGGUCAAGGCUCACCUAGUAAAUUCAAACUUCCGACCUUCAAAAUGCCCAGAUUGAGCAGUUCAAAAUCCAAACCUAAGAAUGAACAUGAACAUGAUGAUAUAUGUCCAAAUGUUAUUUUGGAUAAUUAUGAAAUUCAAGUGGAACCACAAGGUCCAGAGAAAUCACCAAAGUUGACUUUGGCAACAUUUGGGGAGGUAUUAAGAAGCAUUGAUGUUGAAUUUGAUGUCCCCACAUUAGAGGAUGUGGAAGAGAAGCUCACAGGCUCAAGGGAAGAAAUAACAGCCUCAAGAAAAACCGAACUAAAUGCUCAACCCAGUGCUGAAACCCAGUCUGUGCAUGAAGAGGAAGAAGCGAAAGAAAAAUCCAAAUUUGUCUGGUUUAAGUUUCCCACAUUUGGACUAUCUUCUCCUUCAGAAUCUGCCAAGAUUUUAGAAAAAGAAACUUCUGAAAAAGAAGCAAGUGAGAAAAGCCCUGCAGGUGACUCUGUGGAACAAGACGCCAGCUUGACCUUCUCAGUGCAGUCAUCGGAUGCUUUUGCAGAUAUCAGUUCUACAGUUACAAGCGAACAAGUUGGUCCGUCAUUGGCCUUUCCAACCAAAGUCACAGUGAAAUACUCUGACCCUAUUGCCACUGAGAUACAGGGUAAUAUCAUUACCUCCACAGCAAGGACAAAAAUGAUCUCUUUUGAACCCUACUUGGCAGAGAAAGUCACCAUUCCAAUGUCCUCUGGCGCUUCCUCCUCAUCAGUGGACACCCUAAAACUGGAGUCUGGUACACAUAUCAUCACAUCCAAUAUACAAGCAAUACCAGACACACAGAAGGCCACACUCUUAACAGAUUUUGGAUUGCAGACAGGGACCGCCGGAGCUUCCUAUGCAUCUUGGUCAGUGGACGACACCAACAAAAUAAAGAGUGAUGGGCAAACAGUUAUUAAGAGGCAUGUAGUUAGGAAAAUGUCAGGCACUGACAGGGAAACGGUUGUCAUAACUCGAAGGGCUGAGCCCAUCUCAGAUGAAACAGCCUCAUCUAUCAAACAGAUGAAAGAAACUAUGCACUCAGAAAAAAUGAAAUUUUUCGAUGGGGCUGAAUUGGAGUGACUUGGAGGAAUAUGAUAAAUCCCUCAAUUGAGGAGUAAUUUCAGUCAGAUUAUUAUUGUUCUCUUAAUAAUGAAUUGUGCUUUCAUUUAUGACAGAGUUUUAAUAUAUACAGUUAAAUGUUUACUUAGUACACACUAUAUACAUACACACGUUUGUGGACAUGCCCAUGAUACAGGUAGGGAUGUUAAAGCCAACUUUGUCACUUCAUUGUAAUUACUACCAUUGAGACCAUUUUACUGAAUUUGCUGUUUAAACAGAUCUCUGCAGGUUGUCCUGCUGUACAUAUAAUGGAGAGAAACUUGUUAAUCCACUGCCAUAUGCAUUGAUAAAUUACCUCAGAUUUCUGCUCUUUAUUCCAUUUCUGGGCAGCCAUAUAUAAAUAUAAGGUAUCAAUGAUUAUGACUCUGAAAAUAUGUUUACAAUUAUUUAACUGUAAAACCAUACAAAAUAGUUAAUGAAUACGUAAUGAUAUACAUACAAACCAUGCAACAUUAAUAGAACAAAAACACAGAACACAUAAGGAAGUAUUGCAAUCUAAACACUUAUUACACUCUAAAAAGAAAAGGUUCCUGGAGUGUCCUUUAUGGGUUCUUCAAAUUUAAACUGUGGGGGAACCCCUAUAAGUUCUUGGAAGAACCCUCAAAGGAUCCUCAAAGAACCUUUUGAAUAACCUUUUGGGGUAAAAAUGUUAACUACCCCCCUUAUUAUUAUUAUUAUUA